AUGAGUAUGGAAGACUCAGAUUUGAGACCAUAAACACCCACAUUUUUAGCAAAUACAUCUAAUUGCCUCAUCAUCACUUCGAAUAUCAUCAACAAAAUGUCUGUUGAUCAUUUGCAGUUCUUGAAGAACAAGUUCAUUCUGGACUUGGAAGACGCGGAGGAGGAACACUCCGGGGAAAAUGAGAUCCCCCUUCUCGCUCAUUUUCUACAGAUUAGAGAUGCGUUGAAAGCAAAGGACAUCACGGCAUCCACACCCAUCAGAUUGAAGAAUUGUCUAUACAACGCGAUCAGCGCAUUAGAAGAGUGCGUGGUGUUGUCGGAGAAGCGUGAACCCCGAAAGAAGAAGGAUGGUCCGAUGCAUGGAUACACUCUGGCGGAGCAUUGGAUUUUAUGCAAAACCAGAAGGUUGUUGGUUCAAGUAAAGAGAAAGCUUACUGCUCCGGCUGAUGCCAUUAUUCCUGGUUUUGAUGAACAAUUAAACACAAUUUUAGAUCGACUUCGGAAGACAGGGGAGGGAUUUCAGGAAAUUGGAAUCGUGGGGAUUGGGGGCUCGGGUAAAACCGCUCUGGCCCAGUUGGUUUUUACCCAAUCCGAUGAGAGGUAUUUCCGGGAUUACAGAAUUUGGAUAUGCUUAUUCCGGAAACUGAGUGGAAAUGUAAGGUUUAAGAAGAUGAUAAAGGACAUGUUGAAGCAGUGUAAGGCAGUGGGGGAUUAUGAAGAUUUUGAUGAAGAAGAGCAGAGUGAGGAAGCAGCAGCGGUGGAUGAUGAAGACUACGAUGGGGUAGAAGUGGAAGAGCUGUUGGAGAAUCUUGGGAAAGCUUUGAAGGGUAAAAGGUAUUUGAUGGUGUUGGACGGCAUCUGGGACAUCAACAUCCACUGGUAUUUCAAGUUAAAGGACAAGUUGAAGUCUCUAACUGGUGAUGGUAAUGCUGAUGGGCAUGUCAUCAUUACAAGCCGACUCCCCCACAAAGCAAGAAUGAUGGUGGGCCCUCACAAUCUGUAUCACAUACAGCCUCCCAUGGGGCACAUGUGGCUAUUCGAAGAAACAUUGUAUAGGCUUAAAAGGUAUAAGUUGAAAUUGAAGGAUGAGGUUACAGAGCAAUGUGAUGGCCUCCCAUUAGCAAUGCACACAUUGGCACCAGUGAUUGAAGACCAGAUCCUGGGAAACAGGUAAUA